AUGUUGAAUCGAUCAAUUCAGGAGUUUAAUUGCAUAUUUCUUUGUCUUUUACAAAAUGCUGGUUACCCAUUUCCACAUGCCAUAUAUCCUCCGACUCCUUUCAUCAAUACAAGUUCUGCUACAAGUAGAAUAGUUGAUUUAGAUGAUAAUAGACCCGAGGGUGGGGAAACUGAAGCACAAUGUGCAUCCGCUAGAGUUGAGGAAAGUAAUGAGGAUAGACCACUUCCACAGGAAACUGAGGAUGGCAGUGCGGGGACAUCUCAGAAUGUUGAAAUAGAUGAUGAUGACAUGAUUGAGGAGCCAAAGUCGGGAAUGGAGUUUAAUUCCUUUGAAGAUUUAAUGAGUUAUUAUAAGCAAUAUGCUAAGAAGUGCGAGUUUGGGGUGAUGACAAAAAUGACUGAGAGGGGAGAAAAUGAGACGGUUAGGUAUGUCACCCUUGCUUGUGCUCGUGGUGGGAAGGCCCGUAAAAGGACUUUCAAUGUCACCAACCCACGCCCGACAAGAAAGACAAAAUGUAAGGCAAUGAGUAAUGCCUUAAAAUCUGAUGGAAAGCUUCGGUUGAAUACAGUUCAUAAUAUCCAUAACCAUAGCCUGAGUCCAAAGAAAUCUCGCUUCUUUCGAUGUAACAGAGAAGUGAGUGACUCUUUAAAAAUAGUCUUAAAUACAAAUGAUUUAGCUGGCAUCCGAAUGAAUAAGAGCUUUGGAUCUCUUAUUGUUGGCGCGGGCGUACUCAAGAACCUUCCAUUUUUGGAAAAAGAUUGUCGUAAUUACAUUGACAAGGCAAGACAUCUACGACUUGGCACUGGUGGUUCCGGUGCGCUUCGAGAGUAUUUUUAUAGGAUACAGUACAAAAAUCUUGGAUUUUUUGCGUUGAUGGAUUUAGAUGAUGAUGGGAGUGAGGAUACGGAGACCUUUGUGUGGUUAUUCAAGACCUGGUUGCAGUGUAUAGAUGGCAUAGCUCCGAAAUCAAUUAUCACUGAUCAAGAUAGAGCAAUGAAAAAUGCAAUAGCUAUUGUUCACCCAGAGACCCGACAUAGAUUUUGCCUGUGGCAUAUCCUGAAGAAAGUCUCCGAAAAACUUGGCUCCUAUGCUUCCUAUAAAAUUGGGAUGAAGAAUACGUUAAUGAAGUAUGUGUAUGACACCCAAAAUAUUGAAGAGUUUGAGAGGUGUUGGGAUCAGUUAAUUGUCAAGUACAAUUUGCAUGAGAAUGCGUGGUUGCAAAGUUUAUAUACUGAGCGUGAGCAUUGGGUUCCAACAUUUUUGAAAGAGUACUUUUGGGCUGGAAUGAGUACAACGCAACGAAUUGAGAGCAUGAAUGCCUUUUUUGACGGGUAUGUUCAUGCUAAGACGAACCUAAAAGAAUUUGUUGACCAGUUUGAAAAUGCAUUGAAAAAAAAGAUUGAGAAUGAAAAUGCCACAGACGUCCACUGGUUUAGUGUCACGAUUCCUUGCAUUUCUAGAUCUCCAAUUGAGAAGAGGUUCCAAGAUUUAUACACCAAUGCUAAAUUCAAAGAAGUUCAGCUUCAAAUUACAGGCAUCUUCAAUAUGAAUCCAAAGUUAAAUAAGAGUGAUGACGUUGUAAAAACCUAUCUGGUAGAGGAUGGAGUUCGUUUUGAAGAGUUCACUAAGCUGGUUACACAUUCUGUGGACUUUAGUGAGGCUGAUACAGCUACAAAGUAUAUUUUAGAUCGAUGGAGGAAGGAUAUCAAAAGGCGAUACACGUUAAUCCGCAGUAGCUAUGAUGCAGGAGAACAACAGGCAGAUUCUAAUAUUUAUUCAGAGCUAUUGAAUAUCUGUUAUCAGAUGAUUACUGAUGCAGCGAGUUCGAAAGAGCAUACUGAGGAUGCGAAGACUAAGUUGUAUGCAAUGAUGAAGUUGUAUCGUGCCAACCAACAACAACCAUCGAUUACCCAAACAGGUUUCAAUGUUGAUUGUACGGUAAAUGACACUACUACAGUUGGUACUUCUAAGAAAGUACUCAGUCCACAUAUUGUGUGA